AACAACAACAACAACAACAAUAAUAAUAAUAAUAAUAAUAAUAAUAAUAAUAAUAAUAAUAAUAAUAAUAAUAAUAAUAAUAAUAAUAACAACAAUAAUAAUAAUAAUAAUAAUAAUAACAAUAAUAAUAAUAAUAAUAAUAAUAAUAAUAAUAAUAAUAAUAAUAAUAAUAAUAAUAAUCAUAAUAAUCAUAAUAAUAAUAAUAAUAAUAAUAAUAAUAAUAAUAAUAAUAAUAAUAAUAAUAAUAAUAAUAAUAAUAAUAAUAAUAACAACAAUAAUAAUAAUAAUAAUAAUAAUAAUAAUAAUAAUAAUAAUAAUAAUAAUAAUAAUAAUAAUAAUAAUAAUAAUAAUAAUAAUAAUAAUAAUAAUAAUAAUAAUAAUAAUAAUAAUAACAACAAUAAUAAUAAUAAUAAUAAUAAUCAUAAUAAUAAUAAUAAUAAUAAUAAUAAUAACAACAAUAAUAAUAAUAAUAAUAAUAAUAAUAAUAAUAAUAAUAAUAAUAAUAAUAAUAAUAAUAAUAAUAAUAAUAAUAAUAAUAAUAAUAAUAAUCAUAAUAAUAAUAAUAAUAAUAAGAAUAAUAACAAUAAUAAUAAUAAAAACAAUAUUAAGAAUAAUAACAAUAAUAAUAAUAAUAACAAUAAUAAUAAUAAUAAUAAUAAUAAUAAUAAUAAUAAUAAUAAUAAUAAUAAUAAUAAUAAUAAUAAUAAUAAUAAUAACAAUAAUAAGAAUAAUAACAAUAAUAAUAAUAAUAAUAACAAUAAUAAUAAUAAUAAUAACAAUAAUAAUAAUAAUAAUAUUAACAAUAAUAAUAAUAAUAACAAUAAUAAAAAUAACAAAAAUAAUAAUAAUAAUAAUAACAAUAAUAAUAAUAAUAAUAAUAAUAAUAAUAAUAAUAAUAAUAAUAAUAAUAAUAAU